AUGCCAACAGCUGAUCGGAGUUAUUUAAAUCAAGAGCUUGACUCUUAUAAAAACAGGUACCAAUACGAAAAGGAGGUAGACGAGGAGCCGGAGGAAGAAGAGGAGGAGGAAGACUAUUACGGCGCCGCGGAAGAGGAGGACGAUGAAGAUGAUGAUGAUGAUGCGGAUGAAGCUAAUGUCGACGAUGAUGACGACGAGGAAUAUUCCAGCGGCUCCCACCUGAUGCCGUACACACUGGAUCAAAUUGACCAGAGGGUCUUUAUUCAGCGCGUUGAAGGAAAAGGGAGAUGCCUCUUUGCCAGAGUCGCUUUAAAACCAGGAGAUAUUAUCUUCGUGGAAAACCCCGUAUUGGCUGCUACCCCGAAAACUGAUCCGGAUUUGUGGGAAGAGUUGGCUCGUAUAAAUGAAGAAGAAGCGCUUUCGCUACCUCCGGUAUGGCAUUUGGGUGCCGUAACAUCAUUAAGGAAGUUGGAUCUAUCCCAACAACGGGUUAUCCAAGACAAGUUUGUUCCGGAUCCAGAACAAGCUCCCAGUCGCGAUGUCAUCAGAAUUCUUAGUGCCACCGGACUUGCUCUGGACCCCAUGAAGUAUGAACGUGCCCUGAAUGCAUGGCGGUUCAAUGGGUUCGGACACCAUGCUGAGGACGACGGACUGAUUCUAUAUAAUCGCAUAUCGAAUAUGGCGCAUAGCUGUGAGGCAUCAGCAACCUGGCAUUAUGCUGACGAAGACGCCUUUGUCCUACGAGCAAGACGACACCUUGCACCAGGAGACGAGAUCACCAUAUCAUACAUCAACGACGAUGACUUAUACAAGCCAGUACAUAUACGUAGAGUUAAGCUCUCAUCUUGGCAAUUUACCUGCCAAUGUCGUCGUUGCACACAUUCUACUGACACUUGCCGUGGCUUCCUGUGUCCUGACUGCGCCGCUGGAACUAUAUUUCUCAAAACGGAUGUCUCCGGCGAAGACGAAUACUAUACCACUGCUAGUACCUGCACCGUCUGCCAUCAUGACUUUGACGAGGAGGAAAUUCGACGCUACGAAGAACUUGAAGCUUCCUACGUAUCAAGACUCGAUGACACUUCCAAAGAUAAUCUACUGGACGCUGAAAAUGUUUACCAAGAGGCUGCUAGGGUCUUCACACAACACCAUGUCAUGUAUGAACUUGAUACCAUCUUAUAUUACGGCUAUCUACAAGCUAAUAAUAUACCUGGUGCCGAAAAUCACAUGAAGAACCGCAUUGAGUUCCUCUCCAGAGCCUCACCCAAAGUCUCCUUGACUCUUGCUGGUCUGUGGGAGGAACUCGGAGACCUACUCAGCAAACAUAUUGAAGGCCAAACCGCGAUAUCCGGAUACCAUAAAAACAAGAUCACCCGCUGCUAUGAGAACGCAUUUAAUAGCCUCAUAGUCCUAUGUGGCGCUGAUCAUGAAUAUACAAUAGCAGCUCACGUAAGUUUGGAUCCUAUGUUGUUGUGCUAG